UUUGCGGCUGCUGGAGUCGCCGUCGUCGUGGGAAACCGAUCAGGUCAGUUCCAGAGGAGAAAGAGGAAACCUUUUAGGCCGUUUGCUGCGUGUUUCGCGACUACUUAUUGGUGCCAUGGCGGCGCUGCUUCUCGCGCGCGUUUAAUCUGUUCGUGGAAAGGCGUCCGUAGGUUCCUGUUGGUUUCAUGGACCAAUAGGAGCUGCGGAGAAUUGCGAGAGCCGUUAGCUCGGAGUCUGCAGGUGGCAAGUAAAGCACAAGGGUGGACUGUGUGGUGCUCAUAAGGAACAACCCUCUUCUUUUCUGGCGGGAGAAUACCAAAUGGCCCAGCUGUUGCACCAUCAGGAUUCUGGGUUCUAUGACAAGGAAUUACAUGGGUGCCGAUGGGGUAUUCUUCAAUUCUUUGGAUUUCGCCGUCGCCAGCGGUCCGCAAAGAUGCAACCUGACAAGAAACAUGGUCCGGAGAAAAACAGUCGUGGAAGUAGACGCCGAAGCCGCUCCUAUGCUCCAUUGAAAAACGAAGACAGUGAAAUUUUGGAUGAUGACAAAAAUACUGAGGUUACAAAAAAACAGAAGGCCUCCCAAAAAAAUUCUGGCAAGGCUAGUUUGAGGUCCUUGAUUCUAAGGAAAUUAUAUGGAAAGGAAGGUCAGGAAGAAAAGAUGCUUCCAGUUGCACCAAAGCUACUCCGCACUAUUUCGGUAUACUAUCUGGAAAAUAAUGAAUAUGUUCUUGAUGGUGAAUCCACUUCGAGUGGUGAUGGUUCUUCACAUAGUACUAACUCAUCGAUGCAAAAUGCUACCAAUAUGAAUUUGCACCAUGCUAGAUGUAGCAUCCCAGAUGGUUGUGGUAGUGAUUCCAGUUCUUCACUUCUUUUAAAGACAGACGACAUCUCCAUGAAGCGAAAGAGCCACCGUAGCAUUUCAAUGGACGGGGUUCUUCACAAGGUCCCUUAUGGGAAGAAGGUGUCUGGAGAUGUGAUCAGUGAAGGUCUCCCCCGAUCAGCCUCUGCGACGUAUGAUAGGGAUGGUGUGAAACCUUACUUUGGUACUGCUACAAAGAGGCAUGUAAACCAAGGUUUUCGGCGUUCACGUUCCCUCAGUGAAUCUUGGGAAAGUUACUCACGCUUACUUGAUUCCAUCUCAAGCAAUGAAUCUAAAAGAGUACUGACAAGCUCUAAGUCUACUAGGGUUCAUUCCCCAGAUGGCCCUAGUGUGAUUGCUUCACUGCAAAGAACUUCUGAAGCCUUCAGGUCCCAAGGUUUGGAUAAACGUGAUGAAAAUCUUGUAACUGCAGAAGAUGCAUCGGCACCACAUUUUGAAGAGAAAACUGACGUCGAUGUAGAUGUGGAAGUUGCUAAGGGUGAGAGCUCAAGCGAUACGGUUCCUGGUGGCUCUGAGAAUCCUCCUUUACCUGACGAGUACGUUGAUCACAAAAGUGAAGAAGACACAUGCACUGCUCCUUCACCUUCAGAAGCUGUUGAUGUUUCAGAAGAACAGACAGUAAGUUGUGAUGAUAACAAUCAGGUUCCCUCAUCUGAGGUCAAGCUGUAUGGCGACUGUUCAACAUCAUCAGGAAUUGACAUCCCAGAAGAACAUGCAGAGAUUUAUGACGAUAACCAAAUCCACUCAUCAACACAGGCUGAUUCAUAUACUUCUCUAUCUUCAAAGGGCAUCACCAUUUCAGAAGAGCACACUUCAACUUCUCAUGAAAACCAAAUGCACCCAUUCCAGAUUUCAAAACCCAUAGAAGGUACCUUUUGUGCUCCUUACCCCGGUGGCGAGUUUGAAGCAGACAUAAGUCUAAGCUGUGAACAAGAAACUGAAAGCCCAAUGUCUAUUCUUCACGUGGCCUUCUCAGAUGAUCCUGAUAGUCCGGUGAAACACACCCCGCUGGAUGAUACGUUGUUGAACCCAAGAAUUCUCCAUUUAGAUAAUGCUGAUGCUUCAGCUGGCACUGCUGCCAUACAAAAAGGCGAUUUUGACGGUCUCCAAGUAGAUCCAAGGCAUGAAAUUGAGUUCAACCAUGUGAAGGAUAUAUUCAAGAAGUCAAGUUUCAGCAAUGAGAUACUGUUUGAUGAAUGGUGUUCACAGAACAUCACAGCUCUCCAAGAGGUGGAUUGCCAGCACUACGAGGCCGCCGCAGCAUCAUUUGACUUCACGGACAUGUCUGCUGAUCAGCUACUUCUGUUCGACCUGACAAACGAAGGUCUGCUGGACAUCUACAAGAAAUACUCUGUUUCCGAGUCCAGAUUCUCCUGGUUCUCCUCUUUUGACCGACCAAAACCUGUCGGAAACCGUGUCCUCAAGGAGCUGUGGUCUGGAUUGAGCUGUCAUCUGGAUGAACGGCCACGGUCCAGCAUCGAAGUCGACACGAUUUUGUCGAAUGACCUAGUAGCCAGGAGCGACCCCUGGACGACUUUUUCGGGAGAUGCUGAUCAUGUGGGGAACAAGUUGGUAGACUUUGUAUUUGACAAGCUUCUGACUGAGCUCGUUCUUCAGCUUGCAGAGUUUUGAGUUUCAGGCAUUUAUUUUUGUCCUUUUCUCUGCGUUUAUUAGGAGUUCUACAUUGUGCAAAGGCAUGGGAUCAUUCUGAUGUACAUAGUACAAAAUUCCUUUUGUUUUUCCUUUGAGCAUAAGGUGAUCUGGGGAUUAGUGUUGUUAGGUCCUCCUAGGAUAGGAAUUCAGUUGAUGCACUGGUAUAAAUGAAUGGAAGAGAGAGCAACAUUUUUACUCCACUUUUUGUACGUACACCUUGAAAGAACUACUUGUAUGUAUAGUCUUGAAAAUAAAAUUUUGAGAUAGAAACA